AUGGGUAGAGUUCAGCUCAGAUUAUCUUCUCCAGUGAUAGUUCUCACGAAGCAGCUUGAAAAUCUUGAUACAAUUACUUCAUCGUUAAACUAUGGAUCGGAGAAAUCAUCUUUCGGUUUAUCGUACAGGGGUCUAACUUUGGACGACCUUUGUCGUCAAUUUGGACAUUAUAAUAUCAAUAUGAGGACAGGUGCUAUUAUUGGUCUCCGACAACUUCUCAAUAAUAAUAAUAAUUUGAUUCCGUAUCAUUUGAACGUAUUAAUUCCAACGAUCAGUCGUCUAAUAAGCAGUGAGAAAAGAAACAAUUCACUGGAUCGACAAUUGAUGGCUUUACUUCAUACAGUUUUUUCUUCAGUCGAAUCAACUGAUUUGGCACCUCAUUUCUCUUUACUAAUGGCACAAAUUCUGCGAGGUUUAGCCCAUACCAAUAUGCGAAUCAAACAAUUCGCACUUUCUGUUGCUAAAAUUGUAAUGCUGUUUUUUCCUGAAUUAUGUAAAAAUAGUUCAGACCUAUUUGACACUUAUCUGACGAUUAUUAGUGGUCAACGAAGAAUACCCGAUAAACAGGUUUGA